UUUUAGAAUUGUUAUAUUUUUGAGAAGACACCUGCAUUCUAUUUAUUAUCGAACGUUAUCUUCAUCGUCUUAGAAGUCCCCCUGCCUUGUUCAUCUUUCUUCUGUACGAUGCCGGUUCCUCUCUUCAAUCUUGCUCCGAAUCUCACUGUUUCAAGGCUCUGCUUUGGUACCAUGACGUUCGGCGAACAAAACUCUCUGUUUCAGUCAUUUCACCUCCUUGACCAAGCUUUCGAUGCCGGCAUCAACUUCUUCGAUUCCGCAGAAAUGUAUCCAGUGCCUCAACGUUCUGAGACUCAGGGCCGGAGUGAGGAGUACCUUGGCCAUUGGAUCAGAAGCCGAAAAAUUACUCGGGACCGUAUUGUUUUAGCUUCAAAGGUUGCCGGACCAUCUGGGCAAAUGACUUGGAUACGAGGCGGACCAAAGUGUUUGGAUACUAAGAAUAUUACAGAAGCAAUUGAUGCUAGCUUAAAGCGACUGCAAACGGAUUUCAUUGAUAUUUACCAGAUUCAUUGGCCUGAUCGGUAUGUUCCAAUGUUUGGAGAAACUGAAUAUAAUCCAUCCUGGCAAUACUCAUCAGUUACAAUAGAAGAGCAACUAUUUGCGCUCAGCAAGGCUGCUGAUGCUGGUAAGAUCAGGUAUAUUGGCCUCAGCAAUGAAACACCUUAUGGUGUUAUGAAAUUUGCACAUAUUGGUGAAAGAUAUCCCCACGUUCCGAAAGUGGUUUCAUUGCAGAAUUCGUACAAUUUGCUUUGCCGAACUUUUGAUUCUGGCCUAGCUGAAUGUUGUCAUCACGAGAGAAUCAGCUUAUUAGCAUACAGCCCCUUGGCGAUGGGCAUACUUUCUGGGAAGUACUUUUCUCCUGAAGGCGGUCCUGCAGAUGCUCGACUUCAUCUUUUCAGAGGAAAAUAUUUAGAAGGGGAAUCUAGAUAUAACCUAAACAAUACCGUCAUCAGAACAGCUACCAUGGACUAUAUUAAGGUUGCUAAGAAAUAUGGCCUUCAUCCAGUCUCUAUGGCAAUUGCCUUUGUUCUCAGGCAUCCCCUUGUAGCAAGUGUCGUUUUUGGCGCUACCAAGUCAUGGCAACUCUUGGAUAUUCUAAAUGCAAUUAAGGUUGAGCUCACACCUGAAAUGAUUUCUGAAAUAGACGAAAUUCAUUCACGGUUUCCCAAUCCAUGCCCUUGAUUUGGAUUUUAAACAAGCGAAGAAGCAAAUAACUCAAGUUUUCUCUUCCUCCCAAUAUUAGAUGCUGUCUUUUAGAAAAUCAUAUUUGUGUAAGGUUGCAUUGUCAGAUAAAUGUGACUUUUAAAACGGAAAAAAAAAAGAGGAGGUUUUCUCUCCUCUAGUAAAUCUAAGUGAACUAAGGAAAGCAGCGACCUUUAGUUAAAGGGCAAUUCUAACUUUUUGAUAGUCAAUAAUUGUUCAUAUUUAUGAUUUAUACAAGAAAAAAGAAAGUGUACACUUUCCUGGCAUAGUGGUAGUUAGGGGUCCAUAGCUUGUAGUUCAUCUCAAGUUUGUUCGAGUUCAAAUAUUUUAUUUUUCUACAAAAUUCGAACUUGGUUGGA